AUGGAUAAUAUAAGUUUGGUGCAAUUAUGUGUUGGAAGCUUUAGUGACGAAGAAAUAACUUGUGCAAAAUCGCUUUUACAACAAGCCUUACCCAAUUCAAAACGUAUGACACAACGUAAGAAUAAGGGUAAAACGGCCCGUGAUGUGGAAGACAUUGUUAAUCUUCUUAAAUCUGUUGAUCCUGAUAUAGUGCCAAUUUUUGUAGCCCGGGAGUUACGGAAACUCCCGCCUAUUACAUUUGAUCAUAUAGACGCGACAAGGCUUCUAAAAGACAUUUUAAUACUAAAACAAGAUAUUGAAUACAUAAAAAGUAAUUUCGCAAUGAAAGAAAGCGUGGAGAAGUUGCAAAAAAACAUCGGCAAUUUAAAUAAAAUAACGGAUCUAAGUUGCUAUAAUAACAUCCAACCGUCAGGGUCACUGUCCGCUCAAGGUCACACGGAUAUACCUGUCUCUCUCACUCCUGCAAAGAGCGCUUGUUGCUAUCAGCCGGACGGGUCGUGCGCUGCGAGGCGCGCGGUGGUUUGUAACGAACCGGUUUCCGCAGAUAGUGAGACAUGUAUAACAUCGCAGGCGAAUCAAGAUAUCUCACUCUUGCACGCGCAGAAUUGUAUAAGCGAUCGUCAGCCGCAUCAUGUUACUGUGACGCCUAAUAAUACAGCUAAAUUUAUGGAUCUAAGUACAAAGCGGUUGGGCUUAUCACCGCGAAUGAGCAAACCAAAACAAAAAACGUUUGCAGACGUUAUGAUUUCCAAUGAUUACACGAAACAAAGAGAAGGCGAGUGGAUUAAGGUGUCAUACAAAAAUAAACCGAAAAAUAGGUUUUUUGCUAGCAAGGGUAAAGGCGACUCCAAUAUCGGUGGCAGUUUUAAGGCUGCGGACAUUAAGAUACCAUUCUAUAUAUAUAACGUAGAUAAGGCCGCUGAAGUAGAUGAUAUAGAAAAAUAUAUUUUUGACAAAACUAUGGUUCGAGUUGAGCUUUCUAAAAUUACAAUGAAAAAUAAUAAACAAUACCAAGCUUUCAAAUUUGAUAUACCUAGAAGUAAAUUAUCCCUAUUCAUGGACGAAAAUAUUUGGCCAAUGGGUGUAGCGUUUCGGCGCUAUGUCUAUUUCAAAUCUAAAGAACCGGCUCUUCGAAGUAAUAUGGAGGAGAAUAAAUUUUUCAAAUAA